CCUUUACACAGUAAAACACAUGAAGAACCAGAACAGAGAGGAGCAGACGUGAGAGCAAACACCUAGGAGAACCAUGUUUCAACUCUUGCUGCUCUUAGGAUUCUGCUCCUUAGACAUGUGUCUGUGUCGUCAGUAUCACUUUGUAAACGAGUCAAAGACCUGGGCUGAAGCACAGAGUUACUGCAGAGAGCAUUAUUUUGAUUUGGCUAGCGUUGAUAACGCUGAAGAAGCUCUGGAGCUUGUGAAAUUAGCAGACAUCAGAAACAGCAACUCAACCUGGAUUGGACUGUAUGAUGAUCUGAACAGCUGGAGAUGGUCUCUGGAUGAUGACAGUUUCUACAAGGAGAAUGAGAGAAGCUUCAGAAACUGGUAUAAAGAGAACCCAAAGAACUGGGGAGGAGACAGUCUCUGCACACAUUUUCAAUUCUAUGAUGGGAGAUGGAGUGAGACAUAUUGCUUGUCCUCACUCAGAUUUGUUUGCUAUGAUGGGAGGGGGAAUGCUUCUGAAAGCUAUGUUUUAGUAAAUCAGUACAUGACCUGGACUGAAGCUCAGAGAUACUGCAGAGAGCAUCACACAGACCUGGCCAGUGUGAGGAAUGAAGCUGAGAAUCAGAAGUUAAGAUCAUUAUAUUAUUAUGAUUAUUCUGAUGUCUGGAUCGGCCUGUACAGAACCAGGUCCUGGUCAGACAACAGCAGCUCUUCUUUCAGCUUCUGGAAAACAGGUCAACCAGAUAAUGCUGGACAGAGUGAACACUGUACAGCUGUCUCAUUCAGUGACUCUGGGAAGUGGACAGAUAAUAACUGUGGACAGGCUUUUCCAUUCAUUUGCUACAAUAUGACGGAGUCUGCAUUCUCUCGUCAGUAUCACUUUGUUUAUGAGAGUAAAAGCUGGACUGAAGCUCAGAGAUUCUGCAGAGAGAACUACACUGAUCUGGCCACCAUUGAGAACAUGGAGGAGAUGAACAGCCUCAUCAGUACAUGGAACGACACAGUAAAUGGAAGUUACGUUGGUUUGGCCUGGAUUGGACUGUAUGAUGAUCUGAACAGCUGGAGAUGGUCUUAUGAUAAUGAGAGUUUCUAUAAGGAGGGGGAGAGAGAUUUCAGAGGGUGGUAUCACGAACCCAACAACUGGAAUGGGAAGGAAAUGUGUGUUUCUAUUGGAGCAGAUGGAAUGUGGUUUGAUCAAAAUUGUCAAUCGUAUUUACCAUUCGUCUGUUAUGAUGGACGAAAUGGAAACAAUGACUACAUCUGGAUUAAUCAGCACAUGUUUUGGGAAGAAGCUCAACGUUACUGCAGAGAGUAUUACACAGACCUGGCCAGUGUGAGAAAUUGGACAGAUAAUCAGAUAAUUUUCAGUGUUACUGGUGGAUCAAGUGCUUGGAUUGGUCUGUACAGGAGCAGGCUGUGGUCAGACCAGCAUGAAUUGACAUAUAAGAACUGGAGACCAGGAAUUAUGUACUCACCUCAACAACCAGACAAUGGUUUUUAUGUUAAUGGAGAGUAUGGUAAUCAGCACUGUACUGCGGUAUCAUUUAGUUAUUCAGGCCAGUGGACAGACGAGAACUGCUUAGCCAAACUUCCUUUUGUCUGCUACACAAGGUUUUGGUCAUGGUCUCCAUAUGUGUCCCAUCAGUAUCACUUUGUUGGUGAGAAUAAGAGCUGGACUGAAGCUCAGAGAUACUGCAGAGAGAACUACACUGACCUGGCAACCAUUGAAAACAUGGAGGAGAUGAGCAGCCUCAUGAACACAGCAAAUGGAAGAUACUUUGGUUUAGCCUGGAUUGGACUGUAUGAUGAUCUGAAGAGCUGGAGAUGGUCUCUGGAUAAUGAAUUGCUCUACAAGCAAAAAGAAAGAAGCUUCAGAAACUGGUACACCUACAAACCCAUGAACUGGGGUGGAAACAGUCUCUGCACAUAUUUUUCAAGCUAUGAUGGGGCAUGGCAUGAGUACCCAUGUUCCUAUGGGCUGCCGUUUUUUUGCUAUGAUGAAAAUGUCAACGAACAAUAUAUUAUAAUCCUCCAGUUAAUGAACUGGACUGAAGCUCAGAGAUACUGCAGAGAGCAUCACACAGACCUGGCCAGUGUGAGGAAUGAAGCCGAGAACCAAAAGCUAAGAACAUUUAAUUAUUACUUUCAUUAUUAUUAUGGUUCUGCAUGGAUCGGCCUGUACAGAACCAGGGCUUGGUCAGACAGCAGCAGCUCUUCUUUCAGCUACUGGAAAACAGGACAACCAGAUAAUAUUGGAGUGAGUGAAAACUGUACAGCUGUCUCAUUCUAUGACUCUGGGAAGUGGACAAAUGAAAACUGUGGAGAGGCUUUCCCUUUUCUCUGCUACAGCAAUUCAAGUCAGUAUCACUUUAUUAAUAACAGUAAGACCUGGACUGAAGCUCAGAGAUUCUGCAGAGAGAACUACACUGACCUGGCCACCAUUGAAAACAUGGAGGAGAUGAACAGCCUCAUGAACACAGUAAAUGGAAGUUACGUUGGUUUGGCCUGGAUUGGACUGUAUGAUGAUCUGAACAGCUGGAGAUGGUCUUAUGAUAAUGAGAGUUUCUACAAGGAUGGAGAGAAAGAUUUCAGAGGGUGGUUCCAACAACCUGAUAACCACAAUGGAAACGAGCUGUGCGUCUCCAUGUCUCCAGCAGGGGAGUGGUUUGAUAUUCCCUGUAGUGACAGAGAAAGAUUUGUUUGCUAUAAUGGAACGAAUGGCACCAAUUUUGUUUGGAUUUCUGAAUUAAAGACCUGGUCAGAAGCUCAAAGUUUCUGCAGAAUGUUUCACACAGAUCUGGCCAGUGUGAGGAACGAGACUGAACUACAGGACAUACUGAGAAUUUCAAACGGGUCCACAGUGUGGAUUGGUCUGUACAGAAAGCGACUGUGGUCUGAUCAGAGCAGCUCCACCUUCACAUACUGGAGACCACAGAUCAUACCAGAAUCAGCAGAGCCUGAUAAUGGUAUUCGAUCACCUGGACAACUUGGUAAUGAACACUGCACAGCUGUGGAUCACUCUGGAUACUGGAAAGAUGAAAACUGCUUAUCCAGUUUCCCAUUCAUCUGCUACAGUGCUGCUGUGAUUGGACUCAGAGUGAAUGUCAAAACUGCAAGAAAUCUGUAUGAAUCUGAAAUCAGAGAACUGGUGGUAAUACAACUCCAGAAUGAAUUUUCCAGAUUGGGACUUCCUGGCAACUUCUCUAUUAAUGUGAAAAAUAUCCGCAAGACAAGUCCCUGAUGGACGCAUAUGGCUUUUGAGUCGACACAUUUUUAUGAUUGCUAAUAAUUAUUUGGAUAGUUGGUGAAAUUAUGGGUUUUAGAUGUAUUUACAUUUAAUUUUAGACUGACGAUUGGAUGAAUGGAAUGAUAGAGAACAUUGAAGGCUACUUUCAGUGGAUUAAAAAAAUUGUUGUUUGAUAAAUUUGCUGUUUCACAUGUUAAUCUAAUCUACAAUAACACAGAAAUGCACCAAUUUAAAACACGUUUUUUUAAAUAGAUUUUUAAAAUGGAUUAGAAGUCAAAAACUGAAUCAUCUACUCACAAAAUGUAAGACUUUUAAUUUAGUACUUUGUAGGAGUCUCUUUAUUAGCAACUACUGCUACAAGGUUUCAUGGAUUUGUCUCUACAAGUUUUUUAGUCCAUUUUUUUUAUGGUAGAUCCUCUUAAGCCUCAUACAGACAUUCAGUGGUGUAAAAAAGUGUUUGCUUCCAUCAUGAUUUCUUAUUUUUUUGCAUGUGGUUUAUCACACCUGAGUUCAAUUUCUAUAACCACACCCAGGCCUGAUUACUGCCACACCUGUUCUCAAUCAAGACAUCACUGAAAUAGAACCUGCCUGACAAAGCUAAGGAGACCAACAGAUACUCAAAAGCUAGACAUUUUGCUGUUAUCCAAAGAAAUUUAUGAACAAAUAAGAAAGAAAGUAACUGAGAUCUAUUAAUAUGGAAAAGGUUAUAAAGUCUAAAGUUCUAAAGUUUUGGGAAUCCAGUGAACCACAGCUUUUUAGAGCCAUUAUCUACAAAUGCCGAAACAUGGAACAGUAGUGAACCUUCCCAGGAGGGACCGGCCGACCAAAAUUACUCCAAAAGCACAGUAACAACUCAUCCAAGAGGUCACAAAAGAACCCACAACAGCACCCAAAGAACUGCAAGCUUCACAUGCCUCAGUUAAGGUCAGUGUCUAUGACUACACCAUAUAUUUUUAUGAUAAAUUCUGCAAAGAUGAAUGGGCCAAAAUUCCUCCACAGCGCUGUAAAAGACUCAUUGCAAGUCAAAGCAAAUAUGUUUUAUGGGGGCAUACACUUUAUUUCACACAGGACCAUGUAGGUUUGCAUUUUUUUCUACCCUAAAAAUAAAAAUAAAAAAACCUUCAUGAUGUCUUUGACUAAUAUUUAUAUUUAUUGGAUGAUCUCAAACAAAAAAAACACCUUUUCACACCAAUGUAAAGGGACUAACCCUGGCCACUGUGAUCCUGGGAUCUUGGUAAAGCUUUACAUAAUGUUUAUAUUUUUGCAAAAUUUGAUCACAGAGAUCCACAGAGGGUCUUUCUAGACAGGGGUGUCCAACCUUUUUUUGUUGGGGGCCAGAAGGAGAAAUAUAUUUGAAGUCACGGGCCACAGACUCUGUAAUAAAACAAAUAAUGAAAUAUACCACUUUAAAUAAUACUUUUUUCCUGAUUAUUUCAUUUACACACCAUUUUACUUGACUUACUCUCUUUAUAUUUGACAGUGUUGUGUAAACUAAGAUUUUUCAAAUCAAUUCAAAUUGCAACAAGUGAGCUCCAACUGACUUCUAAACACAUAAUUAAAGCAAAUCGUGUGCACCUGACUACAAUUUGGUCUGCAAAAGCAAAGGGUCUGAAUACUGUUUUGAAUAAAAGAUUUAAACAUGAAAAAAAAAACUUAAACAUGUUUUCGCUUUGCCAUUAUGGGUUACAAACUGAUUGGUUGUUAAAAUUGGUUAUUAUAUAUAUCCCAGUGGCGUGCAGAUCAAAUAGUUAAUAUACCCCUUCUGCAACACUCCACCCCUCUGUCUUGACUUAGUUAUGAAUUUAAAACACAUUAACAGCACACAAAUAAAGCUACAAAUGACAAAAGUACCAUUUACUGUACAACAGACCACAACAAUCAAUGCUUAAUUUUCCUACAA